AUGUCCGAGCUCAAGAUGCAGUCCAAUAGCCAGAAUAUCUACGACAACCCCGAGUUCUUCUCGGCAUACAGUACACUAUCACGAUCCCAGCAAGGACUCGCCGCUGCUCCAGAAUGGCCAUCCCUGCGCCACAUGAUUCUCGGUUCCUCCAGCACCACUCUCCCACAAUCCCGAGUCCUCGAUCUAGGUUGUGGCUAUGGCUGGUUUGUCCGCUGGGCCCGCGAAAAUGGAGCCAGCUACAUCCAGGGCAUCGACAUUUCCGAAAAAAUGAUCGAGAAAGCGAAAUCAUUCGACAAAGAUGCAAAACCCGCUUCCACGCCCGAAGUCAGCUACGAGAUACGUGAUCUAGAGACCCUCAUUCUCGACGAAGAGUCCUACGAUUUCGUCUACAGUUCUUUGACUUUCCACUACAUCGAAGAUCUUGCUCGGUUACUCCGGCAGAUCCACUCUUCUUUGAAGAAAGGGAAUAACGGAUCUGGGAAUGGAAAACUAGUCUUUUCGGUGGAGCAUCCGAUCUAUUCCUCACCUGUUCGGCCGGCGGCAGAUUGGAUUGAUGUCAAGGGUGCCGGGGAGGAGGAGGAGGAGGGUAAGGUGUGGCCAUUGAAUUCUUAUAGUGAGGAGGGAUUACGAGUUACGAGUUGGUUGGGCACGGAUGGGGUGAGGAAGUAUCAUCGGACAACGGAGACGUAUGUAUCGUUGUUGUUGGAGAAUGGGUUUGUCUUGACUGGGCUGAAGGAUUGGGCUCCUUCGGAGGAGGAUGUUGCAGCGCAUCCGGAGUGGAGUGUUGAGCGUCACCGGCCGUUCUUCUUACUGCUCGCGGCGGAGGCUCGAUAG